GCUCAGCUGUAGAUCUGUCAAAAUUGAUCAUUUGACAAUUUUAAACCGACAUUCGUGGCAAAGAGAUUUGUUUACAUGUUGUUAUUUGAAAUAAUAAUUGUAAAUAAUAAUUUUUAAUACAUAGUUUAAUAUUCAAUACUAAAGUAAUGCAAGAUCACAACAGAAGCUUUGCAAAAAUUGAAGGAGACAAAAACUCGACGACUUUAUGUUUUGACAAAAAUGAUUUCAUGAAGGGAAACUUUUCCGUCGAUGAAUUUUUACAUAAAAAUCGAAAUGCACCAAGUUUGGAGCAGCUUCGUGAUGACUUAGGUAUAUAUUUGAAAGACUUGCGGUCCUCGAUGAUUGAUCUCAUUAAUGAAGACUAUGCUGACUUUGUAAGUUUGUCAGCUAACCUUGUUGGAUUAGAUCAAUCCAUCGCAGAUAUAGAAAAUCCUUUGGUUCAGUUUCGUAAAGAAGUCGAAAAUAUUCGUACUCUGCUCAAAGAAUGUGCUUCAGAAGUGCGGCAUAAUUUGGAGAAGAAACAACAGUUUCGUGUUCAAAAGCGAAAUUUGCAAUGUUGUCAGAAAGUGGAAGAAACCUUGCAAAAGCUUGAAAAUUUAUUAGCACAUCAAUUAAAAGAAGACCUUAAACCAAUUGAUCUAGAGCGUACAGCACUUGAAUUAAUACAACUACAAUUCAAUCAAAAAUUUUGUUGCGAUAUAUUAAAUGAUGAACAGAAAAACAAUUCAGAAAAAUUACAAAAUGAAGUAUUCGCAAAAUUGCGAAUAUUUUUUAAUGAUGCCUUAAAAAGUUCAAACAGUACAUGCUCAGAACUAUUGGAACGAUGCUUAAGAAUUUAUAUCACACUUGAUGCUUGUAAAGUAGCAGAACAAGUAUUUCGUGAAGACACCGUUGCACCUUAUAUGAGCGCUAAGAUUUCGGAACAUUGUCUGCAAAAUUCUCCCCAAGGUCUAUCGGGUAUAUACGGAAAGAUUUUAAAUUUUAUAUCACUCCACAUGACCGAUUUGCUUCGCUUGACACAUUACACAGACAAACUAAGCGGUUUUAAUUUUUUGGUAAACAGCUUUUGGGUGGACGUAGAAAUGCGUUUAGAAACACAUAUGUCAUCGAUCUUUGCUCCCGGUAAUUCCGACGUUUUCUACAUGAAAUAUAAGUGUACACGAGAUUUUUUGUCAAAAAUUGAAGAGCUCCUGGCAAACGACGACGCAGUAAGAAAUUUCAAGGAACAUAAACAAACAAUAAGCUUUCAAUCUCGAUGGAAUCUACCAGUUUAUUUCCAAAUAUGUUUUCAGGAGAUAGCAGGAGAAUUUGAAACCGUACUGGUCCCUUUGCUACAUGCAGACAUGAUGAAUUGUAAAUCAAAAUCAAUUGAUUUUCGCUUUCAAUUGACCGCAUUUAACAGCGCGUCUAAAGCUAUAGAACACUGUUGGAAAGAAGGUGUCUAUCUCUCUGAGAUUUUCCCAAAAUUUUAUAAACUAAGCGUACAAAUCUUACUACGACUUUCUCGGUGGAUCUCCGAUGUUUUACAGCUCAUUACGAAAUUCAGCUCAAAAAGCAGAAACAACUCAGAGAGUUCUAUUCAAAUAAACAAAACGAAUGUACUAAUUGCAUUAUAUGCAGAUGUGCAGGAGCUAAUUGAACAAUUGCCUCAAAUAGAAAGACACAUCGUUAUAAAUGUACCAAAUGAGAUACAAAGUAAUGCAGACGUGUGUAAUGUUAUUGCAAAAUCAGUCGGCGAUGUGCGGGAAACACUUGACAGCCAUCUAGGUGCGUUUCAAGAUGCGCUAGUCGACAUUUUAAUAUCUGAAAGUGGUAUAGAAAGUGUUCGUCAAGUUAAAGAUUUGCCACGUUUGUAUCGGAAAACGAAUCGCGAUACACCUACGAAAUCAUCUCCGUAUAUUGAUCAGAUGCUACGUUCUUUGAAAUCCUUUCAAAGUGAACAAAGUUCAAAACUUGGAAAUGCUAUUGCCACCAAUGUUUUAUUGAGAGUUUGCUCAAAAAUAACUAAAGAUUAUUACGUUGCAGUUAAGGAUGUCCUCACAUCAGUGCAGAAAACAGAGGAAUCAUUACGUCGUUUGCGCAACCUUAAGACCGGUGCUACAUCUGCUCUUACAACAGGAGCAACAACAAUGUCUGAUGAUGAUAAAAUUCGAUUGCAACUACACGUAGAUGUCAUGGCAUGGACAGGGGAAUUGGCCAAAAUGGGUUUAAUGCCUUCUCAAGUAGAUGACUUGCUCGAAUUAAAUAAAAUUGUCGAAGCGAGCACGAAACUGAAGGAAACCAAAGAUAAUUAAUAAGAACAGCACAAUAAAGUUGAAUUAUUUGAAUUUGUAUUUAUAUUUUACAAACUUUCUAUUAAUUAUACCUCCAUCAUCAUCAAUGACAACAAAUAUGUGAUUACAUUGUAUUUGUUAGCACUUCUAACUGUUUAGGCACUUUUUAAUAUUGUCUCAUAAUAUUUAUCGGUUAUAUGUUGUGGUGUCCAAUGACAAUUAUAUAAAACAGUAUGCUUUAGUAUUAUAUUUUAUGUUGUAUAAUAAAAAAUCUAUUAUAUUUAAUAUUGUAAUUUAUAAAUAAAUGCAUCAACAGUUGUUAUAUACUUUUGGUGUUGAGAUUUUUGGAAAUGACAUUAUUUUCGAAAAUUAA